GUGAGUGUGUGGUCUUCCAGCCGGUCAGCUAGUCAGCAACUCAAGUCAUUCAAACAAACUACGACAUGGGAUCAUUUUAGAAGAAGAGUAUAUAUCCUAAAAGACAAGAAGAGCAAAGAUCGGGAAAAGGAGGUCACACUGACAGAGUUGAGGAUGAUGGCAGAGGGGCGUUUUGCCAGUCUGCCCAGGUCCCUCCAUGCACACCACUCCCUGGGAGGAGGCAGUGCACACCCUGGAGUCCCCUCCAACUCCCUCGGUGUCCCAAGCAGCAGCACCUCCUCCAGGGGGCUCCAGGCCUCCCUCGCCUCCUCCAUGGACCUCCUAAGCUCCAGACCUGGUCUCCCUCCAGGGCAGGGCAGCGGCCUGUCAGAGCUGUCCACUUCGUCCUACCAGCAAGUCUCCAUUCACGGAACUCUGCCUCGACGCAAGAGAGGUGGGGCCAACCUCACCCAUGGAAACUAUACCUGGGACCCCAGAGCCAAUCACUCACAACAGAUUCCUUGGGGCAAGGCCUCACUGGUCCCAGUACACGCCCAUCAACCCAUGACCUCUCCGCUGGUCCAAAAUAUCAUCGAUGACUGUCAUGGUUACAGGGAGCCUGCUGCCGGUCUGGACGCCACAGUGGACUAUGUGAAGUUCUCCAGAGAUCAGUUCAUCGUGGACUGCCCUUCAGAGAAACUUCGCAGAGAGCUGGAGGAAGAACUAAAGAUGAACUGCGAGGAGCCGCGAAGCCACGCAUGGUACCACGGAGCGAUUCCCAGACAGGUUUCUGAAAACUUGGUGCAGCGUGACGGAGACUUCCUGAUCCGUGAUUCGCUGUCCAGUCCAGGAAGUUAUGUUCUGACUUGCCAGUGGAGAAAUGCUGCUCAGCACUUUAAAAUCAACAAGAAGGUUGUGAUGCUGAACGAAGCCUACUCCAGAGUCGAGUAUCAGCUGGAUAGGGAAGGGUUUGACAACGUCCCUGCACUUAUAAGAUACUAUGUCGGCAACAGAAAAUCUGUCUCCCAGGUGGUAGGAGCCAUCAUCUUCCAGCCCAUCAACAGAGGGCUGCCGCUACGCUGCCUGGAGGAAAAGUACGGCCUGUCCAGCCAUCACCGCGACUCGCUUAUGGCACAGGAGAGGCGGAGCCGGAAGCGCCUUAGCCUCAACAUUACCAAUGGAAACACACAAGACACCACACACGCCGUGCACGACAGCACACAAUGCCGGGACAACGGCAUGAGCCGAGGCAGCCAGCUCAGGUUGAAGGAUCGCUGUGGCAGCCAACCAGCAAGUCUCAAUCAGGUCCAAGAGAGGCGACGCCCGCUCAAGGCGCACCAAUCAGAGAGCUACCUGCCUCUUGGAUCCAAACCACAGCCCCAGCGGUCUCCUGAUCCUCUCCUCUCGAGCCCAAACCCCAAGUCUCCGGUCUUUCGGACGGGCAGUGAGCCGGUGCUGAGCCCCUCUGUCCCCCGGAGACCUGCAGAGUUUCUGGCAGGCCAGGCCAUCCGGGGCUCGGACAGCCAGCUGUGUCCCAAACCGCCUCCCAAACCCAGCAAGGUGCCGCUGGGUCGACUGCCUCGCUCCCCCUGCCUUCAGCCACUGGUUCCCCUCUCCAGCUCCUCCAGCCUCACAGACUCCUCCUCCACAUCACCCAGUUUAAAUGCAUCUUCCCUUGACUCCACAUGCUUGGAAACUCUUGGUUCUACAUGGAGUGGAGCCACCACAGGCCCUCCUGUACCUCCAGUCAAACCCCUGAAGUUCCUCCAUCAGCUCCGCCCUGCAGACUCUUACAUCUCCUCCGGUUCUGCUGAACAGGUUCAGUGUUCAGAUUCAGAGGCAAACACAGGAUGGACUGAUCGGCUGCAGCCGAGCCCUGCAGACCUGAGGUCUUGCAGCCCGCUGGGUUGGCAGGAAACAAAUCCCCUUAACCCCAUCACAGACCUCCAAAUCCAGCCUCCACUCUGCAGCUACGUGGAGAGACUGAGGAGAGAGGGGGAGGGAGGAGGGAGAGAGGGGGAGGGGAAAGAGGCGAGAGGGAGGACAGGACUGGACAGAAGCUCCUACCAUCACGCCAUCGCUGCCUUAGAAAACACCAGCGAGGACGAGGAGGAGGAUGCAGGGAGGGAGGAGGAGGAGGAGGAGGAGGAGGAAGACAGGAGGAGCAGUUUCCAGUGGCCGGUCGAAGAGACGGAGUCAACGUUUCAGCCGGCAGAGUUUGGAUCUCGACUUCUGCCUCCGGAGAACAAACCGCUGGAGAUGGUGGUUCUGAAGAGAGCGAAGGAGCUGCUGCUCAGCCACGAUCACCACAGCAUCGCCAAACACCUGCUGAUGGCCGACUGCCAGGUUGCGAGGAUAGUCGGAGUGACUCCAGAGGUUAAAGGUCAGAUGGGCGUGUCAUCUGGUCUGGAGCUGGUGACGCUUCCGCAUGGACGACAGCUGAGGCUGGACCUGAUGGAAAGGCACCACACCAUGGCGAUAGGCGUUGCCGUUGAUAUUCUGGGAUGCACAGGCAGCGUCGACGAGCGGGCGUCUACCUUAAAUCGCAUCAUUCUGGUGGCGUUGGAGCUGAAGGACACGGUGGGCGACCUGUUCGCUUUCACAGCCCUGAUGAAAGCUCUGGACCUGCCACAGAUCAGCCGCUUGGAGGAAACAUGGACGGCUCUACGAAGGAACUACACACAGACCGCCAUCAGCUACGAGAAAACUCUCAAACCGUUCUACAAUAAUCUGUAUGAGGGCACAGCUUCCUCCCCUCCGGUGGUCUGCGUCCCCCUCCUGCUGCCCCUCCUCACUUUGAUGGAGCGCCCGUCAAUCACACCCGAGGGGGCGGAGCUCUGGGAGACCAGCGACCAGGGCUGUGACAUCAUGCUGCGCCACCUGGAGGCGGCACGUUACGUCGCACACAACGCACAAAGCUACACGACCAACACACAGAAGAUCUUACAAGGGUUCCCGUGCGAUGAAGACCUCUUGGAGGUGUUUAAAACAGACUUUCAGCUGCGGCUGCUCUGGGGAAGCCGUGGAGCUUCAGUCAACCAAUCAGAUCGCUACAACAAAUUCAACCUCAUCCUCACUGCGUUGUCACGGAAACUGGAGCCCCCGCCCAAAACACAGACCUUAAUCUGACCUCACCUGAACCUGAGCAACAGCUCACAUUGGACUUCAGUAGAACAUCAGGUGGAUCAGAAACAAUCCCUGACGAGGGGAAGAACAAAGAACUGUAAUGAAGCAGGAAGUUUAACCACAGAUCGCCCUGCUUCAAUAUCAAACUUCACACACACACACACACACACACACACACACACACACACACACACACACACACACACACACACACACACACACACACACACACACACACACACACACACACAGUAAUCAGCUGUUCACAAUCUUCUUAUUUAUCCACAUAAAUGUCAGUUUGGUUCUAGACUUUUUUUACCAUUUGAUAUUUCAAAAGAGAGUCUGGUCAUUCUCCUCUCCAGUUUAAUGUCUUUCCAGUUCUUUCCAGUUUAUUUAAAAUGCACAUUACCCACAGAGUCUCGACACAAUUCACAGAUUAAAAUAUAACAUCAGACUCACAACUAUGAGUAAAAAUAAACACACAUAAAGGAAGAAGAAGAUAAACCUCCAAAUCCUCCAAAUAAAUGGUGAAAAGUGCUUUUUGGUCAGAGCUAAACUUUAACAAUGACCUUUUUAAAGGGAGUGACUAAUUUGUGUGCGAAGGAGUAGACAAGAGAGGAUUAAAGGGAGACGUUGGUUUAGAAAUGUUGCUUUUUACUGAACAGGGCCGUGUUAUUUUUACUCUGACAUUCCAGUUAAUGGAGAACAAAGUUCUACAUUUAGACUAAAAGAGAAAAACUGAAAUUAGCUAUACAAGAAAUAAAAUGUACGGAUGUACCCUCAAAGAGGUUAACGUACUAUGUAUUUAUUACUGGUAAUUCAGCGUUAUAAUACAAACCAAGACAAUAGUUUUAUAAACUGAAGAUGGAUGUCUGUGUAUUUUGUCUGGAUUGAAUAUUCAGAGUUAAAAUGAGAUUGCUGGCUGCAUUUAUCUCUCUGUGACCUUUGAUACAAAACCACUGAAAACAAUAAAAAAAAGAGUUAAUAUAAAUAUACAGUGACAUAAAUUAAUUUAAUAUUAAUAGCAAGGUUUCCACAAGGUGUUUUUCCCAAAAUCAUCAGUUGACAAAGACGAACUGCACCUUUAUUCUUUUUUUCUUACUGUGUUUACAUACAGGAGGAGCAGAAAAUCUGAUUUGUAGCAGAAAUUCAAACUUCGUGUACACGUGUAAAUGUAGCUAGAGGAUUCUGCAUAAACCUGAAUUAAAUGAUGACAAGUUGCUUAACAUGUGAGAGACUAAAGUUGUACAUAUUUGAAAUAUUAGCAUGUUAAUAAUAGACUGUACAUAUUUUCUGUAGAUGACUGACUGAAAAAAAAGAAGUUGAUGAUUUUAAUGUUUUUAUUAUUAUGAACUGUGGUGAGAAUUAAUAAAUGUAAAUGU